AUGUCGUACGCCCCGCCUUAUGGUGACCCAUACGGCCGCCCACCAGCCGACCCCUACGGUCGUCCACCAUCAGACGCACCUCCCUACCAACAGCCCUACGCGCCAUACGGCGCACCACCCGCAGACCCGUAUGCUCGACCCCCCUCAGACAGACCGCCCUAUGAACGUGGUCCCUACAGCGCCCCUCCACCAGGCGCCCGCCCCCCACCAGGCCCCCCACCUCCACUUCCAGCCGGCUGGCACCAGGAAUGGGAGCCAAGCACCCGCCGCGCCUUCUGGGUAGAGGACGCCACUGGCCGCUCGCAGUGGGAGACACCUUAUGCCCAGCCUGCCUAUUCGGGCUACAAUGAUGGCUCCCGCAGCGUUCCUCCCCCCGAGCCUCAGGGUGGUUAUUAUGCGCCGCCUCCGGGCCCGCCUCCUGUCAACUACGAUAACCGUCCUUCUGGUGGUGGUUACUAUGAUCCUCAGCAGCAGGUCGAGCCUGAGAAGAAGAAGAGUAAUACUGGCAAGUAUCUUGCUAUGGGUGCUGCUGGUUUGGCUGUUGGUGGUCUUGCUGGUGCUUAUCUUGAACAUGAGCACGAUGAGGAUGAGGAGCGCUCGGACCUCGAGGAAGCAUAUGAGGAAGGUCGUCGUGACGAGGCCUACGAGGAUGACUAUGGCAGUGACUAG